AUGUUCCGACACACGACGCGGCGUCUGGCGGUUGCGGCGGCCAAGGCUGCUGAGCCGAGCGCAUAUACUCUGGCCGUGUCCAAGGCGCAGGGCGUGGCACGAGGGUUGACUGGAGCCAUUGGAAACACGCCUUUGAUCCGCCUCAACCGCCUCUCCGAGGAGACCGGCUGCGAGGUCCUGGGCAAGGCCGAGUUCAUGAACCCCGGCGGCUCCGUCAAGGACCGCGCCGCCCUGUACGUGGUCAAGGACGCCGAGGAGCGCGGCCUGCUCAAGCCCGGCGGCACCGUCGUCGAGGGCACCGCCGGCAACACGGGCAUCGGCCUGGCGCACGUCUGCCGCUCGCGGGGUUACAAGCUGGUCAUCUACAUGCCCAACACGCAGUCCCAGGGCAAGAUUGACCUGCUGCGGCUGCUGGGCGCCGAGGUGUAUCCCGUUCCCGCCGUGGCCUUUGACAACCCGCAGAAUUAUAAUCAUCAGGCGAAGAGGCAUGCUGAGGCGUUGGAGAAUGCUGUUUGGACGAAUCAGUUUGAUAAUACGGCGAAUCGACGGGCGCAUAUUGAGACGACGGGGCCGGAGAUUUGGACGCAGACGAAUGGCAAGGUGGAUGCCUUUACAUGUGCCACUGGUACUGCGGGCACGCUUGCUGGAACUACGCGCUAUCUCAAGGACAUCUCGGGCGGCCGUGUCAAGAGCUUCCUCGCCGACCCUCCAGGAAGCGUGUUGCACUCGUACAUCUCGUCGGGCGGCAAGCUGAUUGAGCGCACGGGCUCCAGCAUCACCGAGGGCAUCGGCCAGGGCCGCGUCACGGACAACCUUUCGCCGGACAUUGACCUGCUGGACGGAUCACUAACCAUCUCGGACGAGAAGAGCAUCGAGAUGGUGUACCGCUGCCUGGACGAGGAAGGCCUAUACCUGGGCGCCAGCUCGGCGCUCAACGUCGUCGCCGCCAAGGAGGUCGCCGAGAAGCUGGGCCGGGGCCACGUCGUGGUGACGAUGCUGUGCGAUGGGGCGUAUCGGUAUGCGGACCGCUUGUUCUCGCGCAAGUGGCUGGGGGAGAAGAAGCUCUUGGGGGCUAUUCCGAAGCAUUUAGAAAAGUACAUUGUGCUGCCGUGA